AUGUUAUACGAGCAAGCCAUUGUUUAUUACCAAAAGGCAAAAACUGUCCGAGUCCCGGUCGAGAUUCCUCUAGCCUCCAGAACCCAGCGGAUGGCCAAGGCAAGUUUGGAUGCGCUUACACAGGCACAAAAACACAUCUAUUCUUCGGACGGUAGCGAUAUCGAACACAUUUGUGUUGCAUGUGGUAUUGAGGCUGAGCGCAUGCCUGUCUGUGCUCGUUGCAGACGUGUUCGCCUGUGUAGUGUUGCCUGUGCCCGAAAGUCGGACCACAAACGACAUUGCAAGAAAAGGGUUACCUUCGCGUAG